GUUUUCCUUCACUUCCUGUAGUUUUGACACAACAGCAGCAGGCUAGCAGUUCUUAGCACUUUGCAGACAUUUCACUAGUCAAUUCGCCGUGAUAUUCAACUUACGAUGUCGGAAAACAUGUCAGCAGAGGUGGAGCGAUCAGAAAGAUCAGAUGGCAAGCUUGUGAAGAUGGAGAUUGACUACAGUUCAACUGUAGAUACACGUCUACCGGAGUGUGCCAAAAUGGCAAAAGAAGGUAGGCUGCAGGAGGCCGUUGAAAGUCUCUUGUCGCUGGAGAAGCAAACAAGAACGGCUUCUGACAUGGUGUCAACCUCCAGAAUCCUGGUGGCCGUUGUGCAGAUGUGCUAUGAAGCGAAGGACAUGGAUGCCCUGAAUGAAAACAUCAUGCUGCUCUCUAAAAGGAGGAGUCAGCUCAAAGGGGCUGUUGCUAAGAUGGUGCAAGAAUGUUACAAGUAUGUAGAUACCGUGACUGACCUGACCGUUAAGCUGAGACUCAUUGACACACUACGCACAGUGACCGCUGGAAAGAUCUAUGUGGAGAUUGAGCGAGCCAGGCUGACAAAAACAUUGGCAAACAUCAAGGAGCAGCAUGGCGAGGUCAAAGAGGCCGCAGCCAUCCUCCAAGAGCUGCAGGUGGAGACAUACGGCUCCAUGGAGAAGAAAGAGAAGGUGGAGUUCAUCCUGGAGCAAAUGAGACUGUGCAUCGCUGUCAAGGACUACAUCCGCACCCAGAUCAUCAGCAAGAAGAUCAACACCAAGUUCUUUACAGAGGAUGGCACCGAGGAGUCUAAGCUGAAGUAUUACAAUCUGAUGAUCCAAGUAGACCAGCACGAGGGAUCCUACUUGUCCAUCUGCAAACACUACCGUGCCAUCUAUGAUACCCCCUGCAUUCUGGAGGAUAGCUCCAAAUGGCAACAGGCCCUGAAAAGUGUUGUUCUGUAUGUGAUACUGGCUCCCUACGACAACGAGCAGUCAGACCUGGUGCACAGAAUCAACGAAGACAAGAAAUUGGAAGAAAUACCCAAAUACAAGGACCUCCUGAAGCAGUUCACCACCAUGGAGCUAAUGCGUUGGGCCUCCCUGGUGGAGGAUUAUGGGAAGGAGCUGAGGGAGGGCUCCCCCGACAGCCCGGCCACCGACGUAUUCAACUGCUCAGAGGAGGGCGAAAAGAGGUGGAAGGACCUCAAGAAUAGAGUGGUGGAGCACAAUAUAAGAAUUAUGGCCAAAUAUUACACAAGAAUCACAAUGAAGAGGAUGGCUGGCCUCCUGGACCUCUCCAUUGACGAGUCUGAGGAGUUCCUCUCCAACCUGGUGGUGAAUAAGACCAUCUACGCCAAGGUGGACAGGCUAGCCGGCAUCAUCAACUUCCAGAGGCCGAAGGACCCCAACGACCUGCUCAACGACUGGUCCCACAAACUGAACUCCCUCAUGUCCCUGGUCAACAAAACCACACAUCUCAUCGCCAAAGAGGAGAUGAUACACAAUCUGCAGUGAUGAGGACCGAGUGCAUUGUUUUCAUAAAAAAAUAAAAUGUUCUUCUGAAUUUAUAUUGAUGAAUGAACCGUUAUUCCAAUGUCAACUACUCCAAUUUUUUUGGAAUAACAAAUACCACAUCCCUUUCUGUUUCUUACGGUCAGCAAAGUUGAAGCAUUUACAAUAAACAAGUCUUACUUAAUAUGUUGUUACUAUCUCUUGUCCCACUGAUGUAAUGCAAAUGACAUUGUUUAGAGUGGUCUCCCAAGUUUAUCUACUACAAUCUGGGCAUGUACUUUGUUCUAGAACCCAGACCACAGAGGGGCAUACACUGUUAAUGUUUUCUCUCUUGUUCCAACUCUCUUUUUCAUGUAACCGUCAUAAGGGAUUUAGUGUUAGAGCAUUUGCGUGCAACUUGCUGUAUUAAAACAUUUACUGUAA